UCUCGUCUCAUCUCGCUGAGACAACGAGGAGGACGAUAAAAAGCUCGCGACGCGUAGAGAGCAUCCGAUAUACGUGGUGUGCUCGUGGAGAGUGCACUUGCUCCUAAAAUUCUGAUAUGAAGUCUCGAAAAAAGUAGGCAAAACGAUGCGGAGAUCGGCACCGGCAAACAAAUCGAAUAAAAGAUCGGCGCCGAAGCCACCCCCGUUUCUUCAGCCACGCGUUCCUUCAACGUCGGCCACACCACCGGCAACUUGCUCCAACGCGCCGAGACUCGAACCCGAGAGUGGUUGUCGCGCGGCCGCUCAAAGUGGCGUUAUGUCGAUCGAUGCCCCGAGUGCCCCACCGCCAGGAGAAUGGCUCGAGACCACUACGAUAUUUCCACCCGGGUUGCACUCGCUUAUGCACCUUGACCGGGUCUACCUCGAUCGUGCCAAGGACGGACUCGAAGCAGCGGCGCAAACGUGGGACACGACGAAACGCUACAGAUUCACGGACGCGGAGGGAGAGCGGCUCUUCGUGGCCCUGGAAGAAUCGAAUCCCUGCGGGCGCUUCUGCCUGAGCGGCAGCCACCCUUGGACGUUCCACCUCCUCGACGACACUCACCGCGAAAUAUUACUUUUCCGGCGCUCGCUGCGCUGCACGAGCUGCUGCUUCCCGUGCUGCCUGCAGAAGCUGACGGUACACGCCAACGGAACGAUGUUGGGCUGCGUGACGCAGUGCUGGAAUCCCUGCAGGCCGUCCUUUGCGAUACGCAACGCGGCCAACGAGACGGUUUUGACGCUCCGGGGAUCCUGUGGCUUGCGAUGCGCCGGCGAUACACAGUUUAAGCACGUUUUUUUCCUACCUUACGCUACAACCUUCUACGCCAUUCAUUUUAUCGAUGACUUUGAAACAUAUCUACAAAUAAAAACAUUAGGAGAUUACAAUAUUUUGAUGAUAAUUUCUAAUGAGAUGACGAAGCACGGCUUAAUUGCCCAUUUUUUUUUGCCUGGGGCGUGUGGGCCAAAAAUAUAUUCAACGUACAACAUCCUUUUCUCCACCAGGAUCUUAUCAUGUAUUUUCAUGUACCGCGCAAUUUCGCAGAUAAAGUCGAGCGACGGGAAGCACAGGGUCGGUGCGAUUGCCCAAAAAUGCACGGGCCUCGCCAGGGAGUUCGUUCAAGACGGGGACUCGGUCCUCGUGGGCUUCCCCAGAGAUCUCGACGUCAAAAUCAAGGCUGUGCUCCUCGCCGCGUCGCUGUUGCUAGAUUACAUGUACUUCGAGGAUGAAUUUUCGCUCAGUCGUUUAAAUAAACCGUGA